AUGGAUAUACCAAUGUGUAUUGUCAUUCAUCACGGAGGAAAGUGGGUUAACAAUCCAAAAUUAAGUUAUUUCGGGGGUGAUGUGAAGUUGGUCAAUGACCUUCCUAGUGAUUUGAGUCCGAGAUACCUUAGGACAUUGAUCAAUUCUUUAGGUUACAAUAACAUUAUUAAGACACACUACUGUGACCCUUUGAAAGACAUUCAACAAGGAAUUAUGUUCUUAGGUUAUGAUGACACUACAUUUGGAAUGUUCAUUAGUCUACUAAAGGAGUAUAGGAUGCUAGAUGUAUUUACAGAACAUGAUGAAGAAUUGAUUGAAGAUAUCACUAUUGAACAACCUGAGGCCUUUGUUGAAGAACUCGAGUUCAUUGAAGAUCUCACUACUGAAGAAGCUGAGUUCAUUGAAGAUCUCAACACUGAACACUCUGAAUUCAUUGAUGAUCUUACUGCUCAGAGUCAUCUAUUUGAGCACAGUGGCAGAGCAAGUGGUAGUAAUAUGAUAGGUGAAAUUGAUUAUGAUGAGGAGGGUUCUGACAAUGAAGAUGACGAAGUUAGAGAAGCAAGAAUGAUGAUACAACAAGAGAAAAAGAAAGAGAAAUCAUUCGAGGAUGAAGUUAAAUCACUUAGAAGGCUAGCUGAGAGGAAGGGAAAGGAUAUUGAAGAAGGAAGUUCUGAUUAUGAGGGUGAAUCUUCUGAAUUUGAGAGCCCUCCAAAUUCUGAGGAUGAGGAUGAUUAUGGUUACCUCUUAGCACAACCAUGUCCAAAGAAAAAGCAGAAGGCGAGGAAGACAAUUGUUACCUCAGAUGGUGGGUUGCUUGAACAAGAUUGUCCGUUCUACUUAGGUCAAGAGUUUGAGAACGCAGUUGAGUUUAGAGAUGCAGUGACUAACUAUUGCUUGUCUGUUGGGAGAGAUACAUACUUCACAAGGAAUGAUGCCAAGAAGCUUGGAGCUAGAUGUAAAGCAGAGAAGUGCCCUUUCUAUGUGUACACCUCACUUAUAAGAGGAAAAGGACACUUAAUUGUCAAGACCCUUGUUCCUCAGCACAAUUGUGGUAGGUUACCAGUAGUAAAGAAGAUCAGGGCAGCUUGGAUUGCAAAGAUAUACCAUCAAAAGUUCAAGAUCAACCCUUACAUCAAAUGCCAAGAGAUAGUGGACACAUUAUGGGCUGAAAAAGGAGUCAAGGCAUCAUUGUGGCUUGCACUGAAAGCUAGAAGAAAGGCACAAGGACUUAUACUUGGUGAAUAUAAGGAGCAAUAUGGUCUUCUAAAUAGAUAUGCUGAAGAGAUUAAAAGGACAAAUCCAAUGAACACUAUCAAGUUCAAACUGAACAAUGGUGUUUUUAAGAGCUUGUAUGUUUGCUUUAAUGCAAUUAAGAAGGGGUUUUUGGCUGGAUGCAGGCCCUUUUUUGGUAUUGAUGGAUGUUUUUUGAAAGGUCCCUUUGGUGGUCAACUUCUUGUAGCAGUUGGUAGGGAUGGAAACAACCAAAUGUUCCCUAUUGCUUGGGCUUGUGUUGAAGUUGAAGACACUGAGACUUGGAGCUGGUUCUUACAGUUGCUGGCGGAUGACCUUGGAACGAGUGAUGGUCAUGGUUACACAAUCAUGUCUGAUCAACAAAAAGGGUUGCUCAAUGCUGUUUCUCUGAUAUGGCCUAAAGCAGAUACUAGAUGUUGUGCCAGACAUGUCUACUGUAAUUUCAGGCAAGUGUUUGGUGGUGGAGUGCAAUAUAGAAGAGGUUUCUGGAAGAUUGCAAAAAGCACCACAGAAGCUGAGUAUGAUUCCAACAUGCAACUCUUUGCUAACAUAUCUAAAGAAGCUGCAUCAGAUUUAAAGAAGAGAAACUAUAAAAAGUGGGUGAGGGCCUUUUUUACUACAACUUCUCAUUGUGAUUGCAUUGACAAUAACAUGAAUGAGGUGUUCAAUGCCUAUAUCUUAUCAUCAAGGCAUAAACCAAUCAUAACAAUGCUUGAAGACAUUAGGGAAGGGUUAAUGGAGAGGCUACACAAAAAAAGGGACUUCAUUGCAAAUAAAGAAGUUGACAUAUGCCCAAGGAUAAAAGCAAAGUUGGAGAAAUCAAAGGUUGAUGCUAGGGGUUGGCUUGCAUUUUGGGAUGGUCACUUCUGUUAUGGGGUCAGAGAAGGUUUAUCUCAAACAAGAUAUGUGGUGAGCUUGCUUGAAAGAACAUGUAGUUGCAAUGCUUGGCAACUAAGUGGAGUGCCAUGUAAUCAUGCAGUUGCUGCGAUAUGGAAAGCUAAGGAAAUGCCUGAACACUAUUUAUCACACUACUUCUCAAAGAACACAUAUCUGAAGGCAUACGAAUUCCCAUUAGAGCCACUUAAUGGCCCUCAAGAUUGGCCUCAGUCACCCUAUGCCUCCAUAGUCGCACCUCCAGUGAAAAAGAUUCACAAUAGGCCUACAGUCAAAAGAAAGCCAUCUGUUGGAGAAGUUACUGGUACAAGGUUGACCAAAAAAGGGAUUACAAUGAGGUGCAGCAACUGUGGUGAAGCAGGACACAACAAGAGAAAGUGUUCUGCACCACUAAAGGCAGAUCAACCACCUAAGGCACCUAAGCAGCCAAAGCAGAAUGCACCUAAGCAGAAGAAGCGGGAUGCAAGUGUUGCUACAUCAACUCAACAGUCCCACCACACUGUCCCUAUGCACAACGGGGGUGUUGGUGUUUUCUCAUACUCAAAUGGAUUCCAAAGACAAGCAACCAAUGUAAUGUGCUUUCUAUGAUUAUAUAAAUUACUAAUAUUUUCAUUUUCAUUUACAAAUUGAAGAUACUAAUGUGAUUUGUGGAUGCAGAUGUUGAACUUCAAUGAAAGUCAAGUAAGCAACACAACAAACAGAACAAGUAUCACAGUAUUUGACUCAUUAUAUAAGGGACCAACAAAAUUAUUCUAAGUCCAUUACAAGCUUGUUGUUGGAGGAAUGUUUGGAACUAAGGGAAAUGUUGGAUGCAAUCUGAAGAAUUUUAUAACUCCUGUCAUUUUUUGAGUUUUGGGCUUGCAACAAAACAAUGUUGUCUUUUUGGAUUUUGUAGUUGCAGCAAAUGCUUGAAUAUUUUUGGAGUUUUGGCAAAUGAAGUUGUUUCUCUGUCUUUUUUGGGGUUUAUAGUUGAACAAAGACAAUGUAAUCAACUAUUAAUUGAUUGUUCCCACAGCUUCCAACAACUUCUUUUUCAUUUUAAAUAUUCUUCAUUUUUUUUAAAGUGUAAAUUCUCUCAGGUGGGUUAACGUUGGGUUAACUGGCCGGAAUCUCAACCACAGGUCCCAAAGGGUGAAAAAAAAGUUAACAAGUCCCAAGUGGUGAAAAAAG